CCAUUCAUUUCUUUCGAGAUGUCUAAUGUAGCUUACUCUAACCCUGACGCCAAGCAAAGAAAUCUUGCAGAAUUUCACCCAAAUGUCUGGGGAGAAUAUUUCAUUCAAUAUGCUUCAGAAUCUAUGGAACUUGAUCAGAAUAUUGCAGCCCAAAUCGUUACAUUAAAAGAUGAAGUGAGAAACAUGCUACUCUCAAAAACUGAGAUGCCAUUGGCAAAACUCACCUUGAUUGAUUCAAUAUGUCGUCUCGGUGUUAGUUAUCAUUUUGAAAACGAGAUUGACGAAGUUUUGCAACAUAUUCACAACAGCUGUGUUGAAAAUGGAGAAAUAAUUCUUAAAGACAGCCUUUACUCUCUCGCUGUGCUAUUUAGGGUUUUGAGGCAACAAGGAUUUUAUGUUUCACCAAAUGUGUUCACCAAGUUUAAGGACGAGGAAGGAAACUUUAAUAAAGGACUAACCACCGAUGUCGAAGGGAUGUUAAGCUUGUAUGAGGCCUCACAUAUGAUUAUUCAUGGAGAGGAAAUUUUGGAAGAGGCAUUGGCAUUUACAUCCACUCACCUUGAGUCCAUUGCCACCCAAAUGAGUCACUUUCUUGCAGCACAAGUCAAAUAUGCUUUAAGACAGGCUCUCCACAAGAACUUGCCAAGGCUAGAGGCACGACGGUACAUUUCUAUUUAUGAGCAAAAUCCUUCGCAUGAUGAAAUUCUACUCACUUUGGCGAAAUUAGAUUUUAAUUUGCUCCAAAGCCUACAUCAAAAAGAGUUUGGAAACAUUUGCAAAUGGUGGAAGGAGUUGGACUUCUCUAGUAAACUACCUUAUGCACGUCAUAGGAUUGUCGAAUGUUGCUUCUGGAUUUUGACCGCAUAUUUUGAGCCACAAUAUUCUCUAGCAAGGAAAUUAGCGACGAAAGUAAUCGCGAUGUUAUCAAUCAUUGAUGAUACAUAUGAUGCAUAUGGAACCAUUGAUGAACUAGAACUUUUUACCAAGGCAAUUGAAAGGUGGGAUAUUAGCAUCUUGGAUGAUCUUCCAGAUUACAUGAAAUUAAUUUAUGGAACACUCUGGAAUAUUUUUGAAGAAAUAGAGCAGGAAAUGAGGAAAGAAGGAAAGCUCUAUACCAUGAAGUACUUUAUUAAAGAAUUAAAAGUGGCAGUCCAAGGUUUUAUUACUGAGGCCAGAUGGCUGAAUGAAAAGUAUAUACCAACUAUAGAAGAGUACAUGCUCAAAUCAACAAAAUCAUGUGCUUACACUUUGUUGAUAUUAACUUCUUACAUUGGGAUGGGAGAAAAUACCACAGAGAACAUCUUCAAUUGGGUAACAAAUGACCCAAAAAUUGUUAGUGCCGCAGCCAAUCUUUGCAGGUUAAUGGAUGAAAUUGUCUCCAGUGAGUUCGAGCAUAAAAGAGAACAUGUUUGCUCAUUGUUGGAUUGCUACAUGAAGCAGUAUGAUAUGUCUAGGGAAGCUGCUAUUCAAGAAUGCCAUAAGGGAAUUGCAAUUGCUUGGAAAGAUAUAAAUGAGGAAUGUCUUAGGCCAACCAAAGUUCCAAUGCCUUUUCUUAUUCGUGCUCUCAAUUUUUCGCGUUUUAUGGAUGUGAAUUACAAAGAUAAAGACAAUUACACACAUUCUGAAGGACUUAUGAAGAAAUAUGUCAAAGAAGUCCUUGUCGAAAGUGUUCCAAUCUAAGCAUCCAGUUUUAGUGAGUAUUUAGACUCACGGUGAAUUUGUCAAAAUAUGACAUACCAUGGUCAUAUGAAAUUCACUGUUAAUCCAAACAAAAUUAGUAAUGUGUGCAUGUCGUGUGUUGGAUGCACACAUUAAAUUUAUUAUUAUAUUGUGUUUAAUUUGUGUUUAUAUUGUGAUGCAUAAAGUUUGGUUUUGUUUUGCACUCUUUUUUCCUUCAUCAGUUUUUAUAUUUUACUGAUAAGGUUUUUAAUAAGGCAAAUGU